AUGGCCGUCCUCUCCAAGAUGGUCGACGAACCUCCCAACAAUCCCCAGACCCCCGAGUCAGCCCUUGACCCUGACGUCCUCAAAGAACUUCAGAUCCUGCGCGCCAACGCAAAGAGACCUUCUACCGCAUCUCCAAACUACUGCUGCCCCAGAUACUUCGACACGCGCGCCCACGACGUCCGUGAGCCAGACCCCGUGAUACCCUGCUGCCAUCCUGACGAGUGGUAUCCGCCACAUUACAGAAGCGGCGCCAACACCCCUGAUAUCAGCGACAAGCUGCACGAUUUGCGCGAGCCGGAGGACGUCUUGCCGCUUAGACGCAACGACCUGUUCCCGCCGUACCCAUACGGUCGAGCUGAGGAGUUCAAAAGGUUGCGGACGCGUGAUCCGCAGUUUUCGAACUGGUCGUUUCCGCGCAACCUUCAGCCGCUGGUAUGGCUUCCUUUGUUGUUUCCUGUUUCUGGUGAGGGUGGGCAUCGAGCUGAAGUGGUUUCAUUCUGUGAUAGUACCGUCGUUUUGGCCCAGUAUACAUGCCGCCUGCGACACCUACCCAACAGCAGGACCCUGCCGUUGCAAAAGAUUCGCAGUCAUCUGUUCCUGAGGGUCCUGGAUACCGUCCGGGAAGCGUCUAAGCUUCAGCAGCGUACAAUCUGCCUCCUGGCUGUCACAACGACCAUGUUCCAGAGCCAAAGAAGCACAAAAGCCUCUACGCCCACCCACCACUCUCCCUACACCCCGCAGCCCGUUGCCGUCAAAUUCCACGAGAUCGACGCCCACACCGCGAAAUGCGAUCUCUGCAACACCCGCAACGCCUCGGGAAUGUCCCGCUGUGACGCCUGCGGCUGGCAAGCAUGCUACAAAUGUCUUCUAGACAAUGGCUGCGACCGCACGCACACGGGGAACGGACGCGUGCACACGGGCACUAUCGACCCAAAGGAUAUUGCACGUCAGAUUGGGCGGAGGAGGCGUGGUAGAGGGGGAGUGAGAAAAGGAGAAGAAGAAGAUUAUGAUGAUGGAGAGGUAGUCAAGGAGUCUGGAAGGUUGAAGAGGCGUUUGCUCGGCAGAAGCAAAGACGGGAAAGGAGGCGACACCUCCCCGCUUUCGUCGCAAGGAUGCAUUUCCGCAAAUGAGAAUAGUCCCACCAGCGACAAGGCCCUCGAUGCUGCUCGGGACCUGUUAGCGUUUAGCAUCGAGGCGUGGAGCUUAGCUGUGCAGGAGGAUGCACGCAACGGGAGACAUUCGACUGCUCUUGGCGCAGACGACGUGGUCAUGGGCAUGAAUGGCCAGCAGUUACAUGAGUAUGCCCAGUGUGCAGCCGACCUUGCGGUUCAGCAAUACCUCCACAGCAAGCCCAACCAGAAGCGCCAGGCAGAAUAUACCCUGUCUCCGUCUGAGAAUAAUGGCGAAGGAUCGUCGGAGACCAGCAAGAGUGCUACCAUGCCGAGCAAAGCCCAAGUGUUUGCACGUAAAAGCGCUGGCGGACGGCGUAGUCGCUGA